AACAUCUUGCAGCAGCACACGCUUCACUCUCACAGAGAAAACACAGAGACUUCUCAUGGAGGCAAUGCUAACUGUACGACUGGGAGUUUUUAUUUUCCUUAUUCAGGCACUCUCGUGUGGGUUUGCGGAAGAGUUUGCAGGACUAAAGAGAGCAAAGAGAGGUUGGAUUAUUCCACCUUUCAAUGAGCCUGAGAACAGCAGAGGUCCUUUCCCAAAACAGCUUUCUCAGAUCAAGUCAGAUUAUGCUUCAGAAACUACAAUGACGUACAGUAUCACAGGUGAAGGGGCAGAUCAGCCACCGGUGGGCCUUUUCAUAUGUAACAGAGUUACAGGGUUUAUUUCAGUGACACAGCCGCUCGACAGAGAGAAAAAAUCUUUCUAUCAACUCAUAGCUUAUGCUAUUGGAGAAGGAAACAUAAGAGAGAAGCCAAUGGAUAUCAUCAUCAAUGUGAUUGACCAGAAUGACAAUAGGCCCGUGUUUACUCAAAAUCCUUUCAAUGGACAUGUUCAUGAUGCCGCUCCAAAGGAUUAUGAGUUUAUGAAGGUCACAGCCACUGAUGCAGAUAAUCCAGAAACUGAUAACGCUGAUGUCAGAUACUCAAUUAUCAGACAAGAUCCUCUAUUACCAAAACCAAAUAUGUUUGAUAUCAACACCAUAACUGGAGGGAUUCGUGUCAUUGAAGAGGGUCUGGAUAGAAAGAAAUACCCCACAUAUACUUUAGUAAUUCAGGCUGCAGAUAUGCAAGGAAAAGGUUUGAGAACGAUGGGCAAGGCUGUUAUUACUGUCACAGACAUCAAUGAUAACGCACCUCAGUUUGAACAAACCAUGUAUGAAGCAUCUGUCCCAGAGAAUCAAGUUUGUGCUGAAGUUGUCAAGCUCACAGUUACUGAUGGAGAUGAUCCCGGAUCAUCCGCCUGGUCAACAAAAUAUAAGAUUAUAAAUGGUGAUAAAGGAGGAUUUUUCAAGGUCAGUACUGGACCCAGUCAGCUCGAGGGAAUCAUCACCACUGUGAAGCCACUGGAUUAUGAAAAGACCAAACAGUUCAUUCUGUCUGUGAUUGUUGAGAACGUCGUUGGCGCUUUGCCCACAUCAACUGCCACAGUCACUGUCAAUGUGGAGGAUGUGAAUGAUCCUCCAGAAUUCAAACCAAAAGAGAAAAUAAUUUACAAACGUGAAGAUCUGGCUGUUGAUUCUGAGUUGGUGACUUAUACAGCCGUUGAUCCAGACACUGCCAGAUCACAGAAGAUUAUUUAUAAAAUGGGCAGUGAUCCCUCCGGCUGGUUUAAUAUUGUUAAAGAAACCGGAGUGAUCAAAGUCAAGAAGCAAAUGGACAGAGAAUCUGGUUUGGUCACAGAUGGCAAAUACAAAGCUCUCUUUCUGGCUGUUGAUGAUGAUGAUAAAGCACCAGCGACUGGCACAGGAACUCUGAUCGUCCAGCUGGAGGAUGUGAAUGACAACCCUCCCUUUAUUAUUGAAAGAGAAAUAAAGAUGUGUAAUCAUGAGGCGCAUCCAGUUCUCCUCACUGUUAAAGAUAAAGAUGCGCAUCCUUAUGCUGGCCCCUUCAGUGUUGAGCCUCAAGAAGAAACCCAGAAAAACUGGACUGCCAAGAUGAAUGAUGAGUCAACCCACAUAGAGCUGAUGCUCAGUGCAACACUGGAGCCCGGCAUCUACAAUGUCAUCCUGAGAGUUUUGGAUCAGGCGGGCCUGUUUCAGGACAACACGAUAAGAGCGAUUGUAUGUGACUGCAGCGGAGAUGAUGUCAUAUGCAGUGAGACCAUGCCCCUGGACAUCGAGGAGAACAAGCCGUACUGGUUCUGCACCAAGGAUAAUCCUGCGUACAACGGGAAUGAUGCGUUCGUCGUGGAGGAAGAGUCCACUGUGAGAGUCUUAGAGAUUCCACGGGAGAAAUGCCAUAGAGAUCUGGGCCCGGGGAGUAUUCUCAACCCGGGACUCACAACAUGCGUACUUUAUCCAUUAGGGAGUGUGGUGGUGCCAUGGGGUGUCGCUCUGGGAUGGCAUGUAGGUUCUGCAGGACGAUCUUUCUUAUCAUCGAGAAUUUAUAAAGUUAAUAUCCGUGUGAUUGACCAGAAUGAUAAUAAGCCUAUAUUUACUCAAAAUCCCUUUAAAGGACAUGUUUAUGAUGCCGCCACAAAAGAUUAUGAGUUUAUGAAGGUCACAGCCACUGAUGCAGAUGAUCCAAAUACUGAUAACGGUGAUGUCAGAUACUCAAUUAUCAGACAAGAUCCUCCAUUACCAAAACCAAAUAUGUUUGAUAUCAACACCAUAACUGGAGGGAUUCGUGUCAUUGAAGAAGGUCUGGAUAGAAAGAAAUACCCCACGUAUACUUUAGUAAUUCAGGCUGCAGAUGUGAGAGGCACAGGUUUUUCAUCGACAGGCACGGCUAUUAUUACUGUCACAGACAGCAAUGAUAACGCACCUCAGUUUGAACAAACCAUGUAUGAAGCAUCUGUCCCAGAGAAUCAAGUUGGUGCUGAAGUUGUCAAGCUCACAGUUACUGAUGGAGAUGAUCCCGGAUCACCCGCCUGGUCAACAAAAUAUAAGAUUAUAAAUGGUGAUAAAGGAGGAUUUUUCAAUGUCAGUACUGGACCCAGUCAGCUCGAGGGAAUCAUCACCACUGUGAAGCCACUGGAUUAUGAAAAGACAAAACAGUUCAUUCUGUCUGUGAUUGUUGAGAACGAGGAUCCGUUUGUCCGCGCUUUGCCCACAUCAACUGCCACAGUCACUGUCAAUGUGGAGGAUGUGAAUGAUCCUCCAGAAUUCAAACCAGAAGAGAAAAUCAUUUACAAACGUGAAGAUCUGGCUGUUGAUUCUGAAUUAGUGAUUUAUACAGGCCUCGAUCCAGACACUGCCAGAUCACAGAAGUUGACGUAUAGAAUCGGCAAUGAUCCCGCCGGCUGGUUUAAUAUUGUUAAAGAAACUGGAGUGAUCAAAAUCAAGAUGCAAAUGGACAGAGAAUCUGGUUUGGUCACAGAUGGCAAAUACAAAGCUCUCUUUCUGGCUGUUGAUGAUGAUGAUAAAGCACCAGCGACUGGCACAGGAACUCUGAUCGUCCAGCUGGAGGAUGUGAAUGACAACCCUCCCUUUAUUAAUGAAAGAGACAUAAACAUGUGUAAUAGUGAAGCACGUCCUGCUGUCUUCUCCAUCACAGAUAAAGACGGACCGCCUCACGCCGGUCCAUUUCGUGUCAACACUCGGGGAGAAACCCAGAAAAACUGGACUGCCAGCACAAACAAAAUAGAGCUGAUGCUCAAGAAUACAUUGGAACCCGGCAUCUACAAUGUCAUCCUGAGAGUUUUUGAUCAGGGCGACGAGUAUCAGGACAACACGAUUAAAGCUCAAGUGUGUGACUGCAAGGAGAAGAGUUUGUAUGCAGAGAGAGAGAGACGACAGGGUUUCCGCUGUAUGGAGUUCUCAGAAAUGUCAUUGGCAUCUUGGUUCUGCUGUCGCUCAUCCUGCUCAUCGUGUUCAUGAAUAGGAAAAGCCACUGACUCUACUGAAGCGACUGUGAGUGACUGCAAGGCGAUCAAUGUCAUAUGCAUUAAGACCAUAGUAACAUGUGCAAAUUCUGUUUAUUUUAUCAUUUGUCUUUUGAGUUAAGCAUUUUCAGACUGUUAAUCAUUCAUGAUCGAAUCACUAAAUUACAUGCUACACAAUGUUAACAAAUCUCGUAAAAAAAAAAAAAUCUGGUAGCUUUGACGCCAGAUAUAAACCAUAAAUAUUUUUUGCCUGUAAAAUUACAGUUUUCCCCAUUUUUGGUGUAAGUUUGCAGUCUUUUACUGUAAUUAUUUGUGUGAAUGUUAAAAUACUGUAAAAUUCUUUUAAACUACAGAUUUACAUUACAAGUGGAAAAUCUGUAAAAAAAAUUGAUUUGAUUUUAACCUGCUUCCAAACAUGCUCAUAAUCUGUUAUAUACCAUAACGAUCACUAUUGAAACUUUGUUUUGUUGUUGUUAUUUGAUGGUGGUUUGUUAGGUUCUGAAUUUAAACUCUAGAGGCACAUUU